AUGGCCUGCGGCCUGCCCAGCGGCGCGCUGCAGGGCGUCGCGCUCGCCCACGGCGACGCCGCGGGCAUACGGCUGCCGCCGGCGCUCGCGCCCGUGCAGGUCGUGAUCGUGCCGGUCCCCAAGGGCGGCGGCGGCGGUGCCGGCGGCCGCGCCGCACUCGCGGCGGAGGCGGAGCGGCUGCGCGGCGAGCUGCAGGCGGCUGGCGUGCGCGCGGAGGUCGACGGCCGCAGCUGCGUGCCGGGCGCCAAGUUCGGGUCGUCGGAGCGCCGCGGCGUCCCGCUGCGCAUCGAGUUUGAUACGGAGAGCGUCGCCUCCCGCACCUGCGUCAUCUCGAAGCGCGACGAGCCCGGCCCCGCCGCCAAGCUGCGCGACGUGAGCACCGAGCCCGGCGCGCUGGCGGCCGCCGUCAUCGACCUGCUGGAUGACGCCCAGCUGGCGCUGAGGUGGCGGUCCGCCGCGGCGCUGCAGUCCGAGGUGGUGGACGUGUCUUCGUACUGGGAGCUGAGGGACGCGAUCGAGGCCGGCAAGUGGGCGCGCGGCCCCUGGGCCGGCGGCGCCGACGACGAGGCCGCCGUGCUGCGGGAGGCAGGCGCCGCGCUGGUGUGCAUCCCCCUGGAGCAGCCCUCCAGCCUGCAGCGCGGCUGGACGACCUGCCUCUACACGGGCUACCAGGCGACUGAGGUCGCCGUCUUCGCGCGCGCCGCGCCGUGA